AUGAACGACGACUUCGACAACCUCAUCGUCGACGAGGUCGUGACGACCACUAUCGACUCCAGGCCACCGAUUCCGUGUAACACGACAUACAAUCUCGCCUCCACCGUCCCUACCAUCGCCAGCUCUGCCAUCGCCACCUCCGCCAUCGCCACCUCCGCCAUCGCCACCUCCGCCAUCGCCACCUCCGUUAUCGCUAGCUCCGCCCCCGUCGGCCCGACUGCCGCUAUCCCCACCCUCACCGCCACCGCCAUCAUGCUCCAGUCGUCCAGCGCCACGCACCACGAUAUACGUCCAUAUAUGGUCGUGCUCGGUGCAGUCGUGGCAGUCGCGUUUUGUAUGGCUGCGAUGCUCCAGUGGAGGAGUCGGCGGAACAGCAGACGUUCCCAGCAACCUGAUGUCGAGAAUCAGUUGCCACAAAACAUUCAGAGCUCACAGCGAGAGAGCACCAUCUUGAUCGUCGGUCCCGAUACCUCCGACUCUGCCAAACUGGACGAGCAGGACGAGUCGUCCAAUGAGGACUCUCCCGCUGCCUUCACCCCGAGCCCAACGUCCUCUACCUGCUCCCUUGAGUCCACUGCCACCGUCACGUCCUCCACCUUCUCCCUCGAGUCCACCACCAUCGGAACGCUCCCCACCAGCGCCCUCGGGUCCGCCACCACCGGAGCGCUCUCGCCGCGCGCCCACCCAUACGGGGCAGCGGGGGGGCCGGCGAUCGUCCUGUCGCAAGUGCGCGAGUUGAACAAGGCUCAGCGCCCGUGGGCCUCGGACCCCGAGCUCCAUACUCAGGCGGCCCGUGGAACAUCUCCGGAGCUCCCACCGCUGCAGUUCCCCGCGCCGUUGGUGCUUUCGUUCAACACGCGGGAAGAUGCGGCGAGGUGGUCACGGGCGACUCGGUGGUCGGAUAUGCUUCUUGAUCAGUCGAAGCGCGACACUCUUCCCCUAUACAGCGAGUCGCGUCCUCCGUCGUACAACAAGACUGCUACAUUUAUUUUUACCGGCCUGUAG